UCUAAGUCUUAAUGUCAUUCACAGUUUGACAAAACAGUAGGAGCAGUAGGCAUAUGAACAUGAAACGUAUUAUCUCAAUUUUUGUCUGGAUAGUAACGUCUGGUACUGCAUCUGCUAUCUCAAGCGAACAAGAGACGCAGUUGUCAGGAGACGCGCUCACUCGCCAACUUCUUGCACGCGUUAAUAUUAUUGAAGCACGCGACAGGAGCCAACAGCACCAAAUCGAUGCGCUAAAGCUGGAACUGGCCAAUCAAAAGCAGGAGAUGACACGCAUGCGUCGCCAGAUUAUAGAAAAAGAUCUGCAAGUGUCAAAAUUGACCCAGAUUUGUUCGCAGAAAGUGACAAACAAACCGGAUUAUCACCAGAAUAGUGUGUCUAAUUCCAGUAAACUAUCAAGAAUACAUCAAGAAAACAGAAUACGUCGAGCUGGGGACGGAGUGCACGUUGCGUUCACCGCCGGGCUCUCCCAUAGUAUUCUACAUGCAGGAGAGCAUCAGAACAUUGUAUUCGACCACGUGGAAACUAAUGUAGGAAAUGCCUACAAUCCCCAUCAUGGCGUCUUUUUAGCCCCAGUCACUGGUACAUACCUUUUCUAUACGUCAGUUAUGGCUGAAAGUAAUCGUGAAAUUUGGUGCCAAAUAGUCGUAAACGGAGUUAAAAAGGUUACAGCAUACGCGCGUGGUACAGAUGCUCGAUUUGACCAAGGAAGUCAAGCUGUUAUUGUUCAUCUACAAAAGGGAGACGAUGUUGCCGUGCAGAAUUAUUUAGCUGACGAUGGUAUUUUUAGCAACCCAGAUAUCUGGACGUCCUUUUCUGGACUUCUUCUCUAUCAAGGGUGAUAACUAUUUUUAUUGUGAAGACUCCAGAAAAUUUAUAAUUGAAAAUAAAUA